AUGACGGAAGAACUUAGAGGAAGCGCGGCAGUCUCAAUGGGGAUGUGUCAGAGCCGGUCCCCCUGCCUCAGCCUCCCAAGCGGCUGGGAUGACCGGCGCGCGCCACCUCCUCCGCCCCUUCAGCUCACGCGCGGGGCUGCUGCUCCGCUGAGCACGCGCCUUUGUGGCCCUGCUGGCUCGCUGGCCGCACGCUGGGAGUUUCAGUGGGAUGUGCCGGUACUUGACCCACGGUACCUCGUGCUCAGCCCGAAGGGCCGGGGCGCGGGCCGCGUUAGAGACAGCGGGCGCGGGCCCGGGGGCGGCCCGAGGCGGGCGGGGAGGGGGCCUGCGCACCCAGAGGUCGGGGCUCCUCGCAGCCCGCAGCGGUCGGGCGCCUGGUGUCCCCGCACGACGCAGCACAGCGCCGCAGAAGCGAGACCAAGGCUCCCGGACUCGUGUGACCCCGAACCUCUCUCAGGGCGAGCGUGGCGCCCGAGGUCAGGGCCUCCUCAAGGGCGAGCUCACCCGAGGGCCCCGGAACCCCGGCGCGCGUGGGCACAUCGCGGGGGACCCGGGCUGAAACCCGCCUGCCCCGGGACGCCGCCGCCUGCAGCCGGGCACAGCCCCGGCCCGGGCCGCACGGACGGUGAGGGACAAGGUGCUGGCCCCCGGGGCAGGCGUGGCACAGCGAGCGCGGGCCCUUCCGUUUUGACUGGGGAGAGCUUUAAAUCACGCAAAGGUCACCUUCCGUUACUCCAGUUUAACCGAUGCACGAAACGCGAGCACGCGGGCGCUCACGGGGACGGCGCGGGGCCGACGCCCUUGACAGGUGCAACAUCCCGCCCCCGACCGUCUGUCCGUGCGGGAGACGACCGAGGUCCUCGCUCCCGGCCUCGCGGCACGCAGCA